AUGGACGUUCUGGCCAACUACAGCAUCUUCCAGGAGCUCCAGCUCGUCCACGACACCGGCUAUUUCUCCGCCAUGCCGUCCCUGGAGGAAAACUGGCAGCAGACAUGUCUAGAGCUGGAGCGGUACCUUCAGACGGAACCCAAGCGACUAUCAGAGCUCUUCGAAGAUGAACUGGACCGCCUGCUCUCUCCAGACUUCAUGGAAGGACAAGGAGAGGACGACUCGCUCAACCCGUCACUCUUCAGCCUCACGUCAUCGCCACUGCGCCUGGACGGAGAGCCGCUGACGUCGCCGUCCACCCCGGACCUUUCCGACCUCGGCACAGGGGUCGACGUGGCCCAGCUGAACGCGCUCACCUCCCUGACUCCGCCCUCGUCCCCAGAACUGGAGCGCCAUUCUCUCAAGACCUCCCACACUCUCUGCACCACAGCCGACGGGACUCUGAUGCUGAAACUGGCCGUUGCGCGGCCACUCACGCCCGGACCCAGCGACAACGAACAGGCGAGCAGCGCCGCGGUGGGCAGAGACUCGGCCGACAGCAAGAAGAGAGUGCACCGCUGCCAGUUCGAUGGCUGUAGGAAGGUGUACACCAAGAGCUCUCACCUCAAGGCACACCAGAGGACACACACAGGUGAGAAACCCUACAAGUGCUCAUGGGAAGGCUGCGAGUGGCGUUUUGCACGCAGCGAUGAACUGACGAGACACUACCGCAAACACACAGGCGCCAAACCCUUCAAGUGCGCACACUGCGACAGGUGCUUCUCGCGGUCGGACCACCUGGCGCUCCACAUGAAAAGGCACGUUUAA